AUGCUCUCCGCGAGAACCGUCUUCACCCGGACCGUGCGCUUCAACAAUGUGAGUUGCCGUUUAUCUUUCUGGUUAGGUUUUCUGAUAUAAAACGUAAUCGAUUGGGCAGAGGAUUUGUCUGGCCGGAAGAUCUAGUUUUAUUUCUUUUCGUUUGCAAAUCGAGAAAUUCCGAACUCUGCAGACUAAGAAUUUACUAGAGAAUAAUUUAGGGGAGAAAUAUGUCUAUAUAGCUGUUAAGGGGGGUAGCUUCAAUUGCCUCAUCUUUCAGGCUUCCCGCCUAAACAGCACUUUGGUCAUCGCGGAGCAUGACGACUCGAAGCUCGCUUCGAUCACUCUGAACGCCAUCACUGCUGCCACGAAGGUGAGAUUUCCUCGAAAAACCAAAAAAUUAGCGCAGUUCACACUGUGAUCAGUGAUUUCUGAUCGCCCCAAAUUUUUAGUGUAUUUUCUGAUUUCUCAAGUUAUUUAUCGAUUUUUCAGCUCGGAAAUGAUGUUUCCGUCCUUGUCGCUGGAGCCAACGCCACGAAGGUGGCCAAGGAGGUUGCCAAAGUGAAUGGAGUGAAAAGAGUGCUCGUGGCUCAGGAUGAGAAACUCAAGCACAGCCUUCCAGGUCAGUCCCUCAUCCCGUUUGGCGAUCCCUCAAGUUUCCCCUUCAGAGCGCGUUGCCCCAGUCGUUCUGGCCUCCCAGAAGCAGUUCAACUUCACCGCCAUCACCGCCGGAUCAUCGGCUUUCGGCCGCGGAAUCAUUCCACGCGUGGCUGCCAAGCUUGAUGUUUCCCCGAUUUCCGAUGUGACCGAAGUCCAUUCGGCCGACACGUUCACUCGCAAUCAGUAUGCCGGAAACGCUGUGAAAAAGGUGAAGAGUGUUGCUCCGGUCAAGCUCCUCACCUUCCGUGGAACGUCUUUCGAGCCCGCCAAAGAAGGCGGAAGUGGAGCUGUUGAAAACGGUACGAAAAACGUUUCGAAAGCUACUGAAGUUAUCUUUUCCAGCUCCUUCUUCUGAUAUCAAGACCGACCAAAGCGAGUUCCUCGGACAGGAGUUGAGCAAGUCCGAAAGACCAGAUCUCGCCACCGCGAAGGUGGUCGUGUCCGGAGGAAGAGGACUCAAGAGCGGAGACAAUUUCAAGCUCAUCUACGAUCUUGCUGACAAACUCGGAGCCGGAGUGGGUGCUUCCCGUGCUGCCGUCGACGCCGGAUACGUCCCGAAUGAUAUGCAAGUCGGACAGACCGGAAAGAUUGUUGCGCCGGUAAGAAGUCGUGAAAAGAGAAAAUAUCAACAACUUGCUCGUUAUUCAGGAGUUGUACAUCGCCAUCGGAAUCUCGGGAGCCAUCCAGCACUUGGCCGGAAUGAAGGAUUCGAAAGUGAUCGUCGCCAUCAACAAGGACCCCGAUGCACCGAUCUUCCAGGUGGCCGACAUCGGACUGAAGGCCGAUCUGUUCAAGGCAGUUCCGGAGCUCACCGCCGCCCUUCCAUAA